CGUCGUCGACGACGUCGUCUCCUCCCUUGCGCCAGGACACCCACCCUAGUCUCGUCAUCGCGCAUCGCAGUGCCAUGUGAUCGUCUCGCCGUUCGAGAACGCGCUCGAUCAUGAAACGACUUAUGACAGCACGCGCGCGAAGAAGAUACUGAAAACGCUGACAUUGGUUAAAAUUUGCUUUCUCGUACACCGGGAUGGACGAAAUGUUUUUCUACAAUGAUUUUUUUUAAUGAUCGCGAAGCCCGUUAAAUCUUUGCGAGCGCAGUAAUCGAGAGACUCUUGUAUAUCUUGAGGGGUAGCGCGAGAAAUGGCAGGGCACGUCCGUGAAUGGAACCACGUGCGAGCAGUUGAUGCCAAAGGGAUGGAUAGGAUUUCCCUGCAAUUUUUGAUGACGCGGUGUUGAAGUUAAAACUAACUGAUUAGGCAGGUGCGUGGCACGUACGGAGCAUGUAAGACAAUGCGGUGGUGUGGUGGUCCUUGCGAUCUCCUGCGGUGCAAGAUUUUUGUCCUGCUUGUUCUGAUCGGCUGCAGCGAUGGCUAUUUUAAUAUAUUCAUCAGCCAUUCUCAGGUCAUGAAGCUUUUAGGACUCGAGGCCGAGUUGUACUACGUUCGGGAGGGGGUGGUAAACACGUACGCGAUGAAUUUCGUCGUACCUGUGCCGGCGAACAUAGCGGACCUAGAAUUUUCAUGGCAGAGCCUUGUAGGACAUCCGCGCAAUCAAGUAUCCAGUUCUACGCAAAAAGAAUGA